AUGAAAGUAUAUAAAGACAUUUUUACAAAUGAUGAAGUAUGUUCUGACUCAUACAAUCAAGAAGAUCCAUUUGGAAAUCCAGAAUUCCGUGAAAUUGCUUUUGAAGUAAAAUCAAAUAAAAGAAUAAAAGGAAAUGAUGACUAUGGUAUAGCCGAUAAUAGUGAAGAUGCAGUAGAAGGAAUGGGGGCUGAUGUUGAACACGUCAUUGAUAUUGUUGACUCUUUUCAAUUAACAUCCACUAGUUUAAGCAAAAAGGAAUAUAGUGCUUAUGUUAAAAACUUUAUGCAAAGGAUCCUUAAGCAUUUAGAAGAAAAGAAACCAGAUCGUGUAGAUAUUUUUAAAACAAAGGCACAACCCUUAAUUAAACAUAUUUUAACAAAUUUCGAUGAUUUUGAAUUUUAUAUGGGAGAAUCACUUGAUAUGGAAGCUGGUUUAAUUUAUUCAUAUUAUAAAGGUGAAGAAAUUACUCCUAGAUUUGUUUACAUAUCAGAUGGCUUAUUUGAAGAAAAAUAUUAA